GAGCCCAGUUAAAAAAUGUGGAGUUAACUUCAUGUAUGAGUCUAUUUGCAAUAGUAGGAUCGGAAGAAUCACAGCGGUAUGGAAUGCGGCGAAACCUCGAUGCCGGAAAUUAUCAAGGAAGCCAAGGAGGCGGAUCUUCAUGAAUCACUAGCUGGGAAAUUCCCUGUUGCUUUUGCCAAACCAAUGAGUGAUUUCGAAGGUCGAGCAGAAUCUGAAUUGUAUAGGGAUUUGCUGUACUCUUUGCAAGAGGUUGGGUGCCAGAUGAGGCUGCUGGGCAUUAGCAGUGUUCCUGAAGCCAACAAGAACAGGACUCAUGCAGGUAGCAAGGGGGAAGAAUUAAAGGGUACUGGUUAUACUUUGGCCCAAAUUCUGAUAGACAUCGUACGUUUCGCAUCAAAAGUGGGUUUUCAUAUUGAUUUGGAUUCCAUCGAUUCCCGUGAUCGGAAGAUGCUGAAAGAUGAGACCAAGGCUGGUGUUAUGGAAUGGGAACCUAUGGGAUCGGAUCUCUUGAAUGAUCAAGUUGAGAAGAAGCAGCCGGGAAUGAUCAAAUGGGUGGAUCUGGGGGACAGCACUGAAGAAUCGGAGGACGAAGAAUCUGAGGACCAGGAAACCAAGGAUGAGGAUCUGAAUCUGGCUGUUGAGAACUGCUCUGAUGGUGAACAAUUUUUAAAACUUUGUCAGAUCAAAACAAAUGAUGCUGGAGUGUCUUAUGUCCGUAUGGGCGACUAUGUGUAUGUGAAAAAGGAAGAAAACAGUGAAGAUGGAUAUAGUGAAGAAGAAGGAGAAGGUUGUCCCGUUUGUUUUGACCUGGAUCACAAUAACAAUAACUGCCCAUGGCUAGUUAAUGUUCCACCAGGUAAAACAGUUGGGCGUCUCUAUGACAUACAAUGCAAGGGUUGUGAUAAGCUGGGACUUGCAUGCUGUUCUAAGGGAGUACGUGCUGUUCUCAGGAGGUGUGGUCGUUGUUUUGAUUUUGGUCACUGGGGGGACGACUGCCCCAGCUAUAAGUAUAUGCCCCUUUCGGCCUUCCCAAAUUAUCCAUGACAAAUCCACUAACCCUUCUCUUUCUGGAAGAAAUCGAAUGCGUCCUCAAAAUAACAUUGCGUGGUACUCUUCCCAAGAUGUUAUUCUAUUACGAAUUCCUACCAAGUUGUGUGUUUUUAGUAGAUGAAGGUUCUAACCUUGUAAUUAAGCUUAAUUAUUUGUGAGAAGUCCACUCUAUGAUGCUUAUAUCUAUUGAGUAUUGCUUAUCGUUA